CGUGUGACCGACUCGAGAGUAAAUUGCUCUGUCCCACCCCUUGAUUGAUGAUUGACUCUCCUUUCCCCCCCUCCAACAAAACCCACCUCAAUGUACCUUCCAUAUUAUCCGUAUUAAGUAAGCAUUCUGUGGUAUCGCAGCAAUCUGGGGUGCUCCUCACUUUUGUGGGGCCCGAUAGAAACCAAACACAAUAUCAUACAGUACCUACCUACAGUACAAAGUGGCCCCUGGACAAAGUGACGACUGCGCAACUUGGAGUGCAUUGACUUCGCGAAAUUGCGCCUCUUUCCCAACGAACGACGCUCCCGACGCUCCCGACGCUCCCGAAGCUCUCGCCGAGCACCGAAUACACAGACAGAGUAGUCGAAACAUCAGCGCUUUUCAAGAUGCCUUCGGAGCGCGACUAUCAGAUCGCACCAAUUGUGCAGGAGUCGGUGAUGCACAACACCAAGAUCGUCUCCAACGUCCAAACCCUGACCGCAUCCUUGUUCGGAGUCGCCGCUGGAAUCCUCGGGCUCGAAUCGUAUUCCGGGUUCCUAUUCUACGUGAUCUUCAGCUUCCUCACGACUGCAAUAUUCUACGUCUUCCGCGUCGCCCCCACUUCAUUAUCCGCCGGCAAGGGCUUCCUCGAUUCCAGUCGAUACUUUAAAGGCCCCUUUGAGCUUUGGACAGGCGGUUUGUUUGGCGGGCUAGCGGGUUUCAUUUUGACGUGGACGCUAUUUUAUGGCCUUGUUAGGGCUUGAGAGGGUUCAGGAAAAAGCCGCUUGCUUCAGUAUUUGCAUUGCUUGGGAGUCAAGGCGUUUUGGGCGGAACGGAAUAUAGAAUCUAAAUCCGGGGGUAUUUCUUGAAUCAGUCCUGUUACACAAUCUGUGUUUUUGCAGACGUGGAGGGUAACCUUGGAGCAAAAGCAAACACGUGUUUUGACGAAAAGGAAAAAAAAAAGUCUAUGGAAUCCCUCAACUGCUGGCUACGUACGUCGUCCGACUGCCCAAUGCCACGUGUGCCGCC